CCCAAAAACCCUACUUCCGCCUCAGGGAGUCGUUUGAGCAGCAGAGCUUUAGCAUUCUCAUCUGAGCCGCGAAGCCACAGACUCCAUCAACAAAAAUGAAGUUUAAUAUUGCAAAUCCAACUACUGGAUGACAAAAGAAGCUCGAAAUCGACGAUGACCAGAAACUCCGAGCUUUCUUUGACAAGAGAAUCUCUCAAGAAGUUAGUGGAGAUGCCCUUGGUGAGGAGUUUAAGGGCUAUGUGUUCAAGAUCAUGGGAGGCUGUGACAAGCAAGGUUUCCCAAUGAAGCAGGGAGUGCUGACUCCUGGCCGUGUUCGUCUUUUGCUCCACAGAGGUACCCCUUGCUUCCGUGGAUAUGGAAGGCGUGAUGGAGAGCGUAGGAGAAAGUCUGUGCGUGGAUGCAUUGUCAGUCAAGAUCUGUCAGUGCUGAAUUUGGUCAUUGUGAAGAAGGGUGAGCAGGACCUACCUGGACUCACUGACACUGAGAAGCCCAGAAUGAGAGGUCCAAAGAGAGCAUCAAAGAUCAGGAAGUUGUUUAACUUGUCCAAGGAGGAUGAUGUCAGGAAGUAUGUUAACACUUACCGUAGGACCUUUACAACCAAAACUGGUAAGAAGGUUAGCAAGGCUCCUAAAAUUCAGAGGCUGGUAACUCCUUUGACCCUGCAAAGGAAGCGCGCCAGAAUUGCUGAAAAGAAGAAGAGAAUCGCCAAGGCCAAGACUGAUGCUGCUGAAUAUCAGAAGCUCCUUGCUACCAGGUUGAAGGAGCAGCGUGAGCGCCGCAGUGAGAGUCUGGCAAAGAAAAGAUCAAGGCUCUCUGCUGCCUCAAAGCCAUCAAUUGCUGCUUAGAUACAGUACACAGGGGUUGUCUUUUGGUGAAUCAAGUAAUGUCAGUGCUGGAUAUCCUUAAUAGGUUGAGGUAAUUUUUAUUGUUGGUUGAUUUUGAGAGUACUUGGAUGCUAAUGGCAUGUAACAGGCCGACAUUCUGCUAUUAGACAUUUCAGAUCUUGUUUAUUUUAAUUGUGGGAUGUUGAACCAUUUAAUUGGGUUUCUUAUGGUUAGUUCUAUUCAUUAUGGAUUUCAUUUUUA